AUGUCUGUUUUUGUUGGACGUUUACCGCCUCAUGAUUUUUAUGAAGAAGACUUAGAGGAUAUUUUCUAUAAAUAUGGGAGGAUUAUAAGCUGCCAAGUCAAAAAGGGUGCUCGCUAUGCUUUUGGGUUUGUAGAAUUUGAUGAUCCUGAAGAUGCCUACUAUGCUAUUAAAGAGACAGAUGGUCUUGAUAUAGACGGUGUUCCCAUCGUUGUGGAAAAAACCAAAGGCCCACCCCGCUCACGUUAUGACACUCGUUGCUUCAAUUGCGGAGAAGAAGGUCAUUUUGCUCGUGACUGCAGAAGCAGAUAUAGAAGUAGAGAUAGAUACAGUUCUCGCAGUAGAUAUCGCAGUUAUUCUCGUUCUAGGUCGCCUUAUUAUGAGCGACACAGGCGUAGUUAUUCGCGAUCACCAAGAAGCUAUAGCCGCUCACCUUAUAGUCGUUCGCCAUCACCUCGUCAUGCAUAUAAUCAAUCUCCGUCUCAUACCAGGAAUAAUAGUCGCUCACGUUCUCCCCGUACGCAUGUCAGUCGCUCUAACUCUCCACCAAGAGAAGUUUCCGUUUCCGUAUCUCAAUCAAAUUUAAGUCCUACACAUGCAGCCUUUCUAGACAAUCAAAAGUUAGAAACAGAGACACAGACAACGGAACAACAAGAGUUGGUAACCCAAAAUCCUGAACAGGAACAAGCAGACCGACCACAAGUACAGCAUGCGGUGUCUGUGCAAAAAGUACAAUCGGCAGAUGAGCAAGUGGGACAAGGAGAUCAAACGGAAGGCUCAGCGGAAGAGUCAGCUAAGCAGACAUUUGAUUAA